AUGAGAGAGGAUUUCACCAGACUGCAUAUUACUCCUUUGAAUCCAGAUCUACUUCCGAUCAUUCUAGGCCCGAAUCUCGUCAACUCGGCGGCUAACAUUUCCUUCAAUACCAUACCGACCUUUCCGGAGAACAACUACGGUUAUCUUGAUCUCCCAGUCAUGGAUGCGGAGAGAAUUAAGAAGAAGGUUAAUGGCGCCAUACUCAAAGGGAAAAAAAUCAAGGUCGAAGAGGCCCGCCCAAACAAGCGCAGACGGAUCGAAGAAUCUACGGAACGAACAUCACCUACAGAAAGCGGAGCAGAGGCCAAGAAGUCCGAGAUCUCGGAGAAGGAGAAGAAGCAGUUCAAUGUAAUAGCCGGGCACGAGCUUCCUGCUGAGCGCAAGGUCAAGCGCGGAUGGACAGAGGUGGCCAAGUCGAAAUCGGCGAAACUCCGCAAGGGAGAGACCAAAGUUCCAGCAUCCAAGUACUCAGACAAAGAAGAACUUCUCUUCAGAACAAAGUUGCCUCAAAAUCGUUCAGAUGGCCUAGGCUCGGGGAAAGAAAAAGAAAAGAUCAAACGGAAAAAGAGUGGUGAUGUGGUCCAUGAAUUUGCCAGGUCAUCUAAGCAGCCGUCAUUCCUGCGCGACAACGUGGGUUUGGGUAUCAAAGGACAUCUCGAAUACAUGGAAGGGCAAGGUUGGGUGAAUGAAGCUGGUGAGGUCAUCGAACCGGAGCCCGAAAGGGUCUCACGCCUGCGACAAACGACGGCCUCGGUUACUCGCUCUAAACCAUCAGCAGCCAAGAUGCCGCAGCGAUCGCCUUCUCCACCAUCUUCGCAGUCCUCAGACAAGGAUGAAGACUCAUCUUCGCAAGGCUCGCAAGAAGAAAACAAUUCACUGCCCGUAAAUGAACAAGAUGACGAGACUAGCAGUUCAGGGUCAUCGUCGAUUUCAGACUCGGACGCGGACCAGUCGGUGAGCAAGGGUGAGGCGAAUGACAGCGAUAUCGAGCAGAAGGGAACCCCUGCUCUGGAUGAAGUUCAUCCAUUAGAGGCGCUGUUCAAGAAACCGAAAAAGCCUACGUCUCAGGAUAUCGCAAAACCGUCAUUAGAAGUGUCGACUUCCUUCUCUUUUUUCGACGCACAAGCCGGGGAUGAGAUUGACCAAGAGUCUCGAGUACCUGGAACUCCUUUCAGUUCGCAAGACGUCAGGUCCCGAGGUUUGCGGAGUGCAGCACCCACCCCUGACACGGCCUAUCCAAGCAGAUUCAAUAGCUACGGAAGUACCGGUCUCCCGGGAGAUGAAGUGGAUGAAGACGAUGAGGAGGAGGACUCGAGAAAGGCUGUUGGCUCAAAGCGUGGUCAAUCCUCCACCAAGGCUGCUGCUGAAACUCCUUCUCAGAAUCAGAGUGAUUUCGAAAAGAAAUUUUGGGAAAAUCGAGGUGAGAAUAGCCGUGCUUGGAAGCAACGACGUCGAACGGUUCUCAAGGAGAAGCGUCAGCGUGAGAACCGUGUUCGUAGACCCAAGAACUGGUGA